AUGUUGUUGAAGGUCAUCAUCUUUUGCGCGGCGUGGCUUGCCUGCGUCCAGUGCCAGCAGGGUCCGACCACGACACCUGUGCCCAUAUUAAAACAGAUCAACAGACAAAACGGCGACGGCUCCUACAGCUAUGGAUAUGAAGCUGCCGAUGGCUCCUUCAAAAUUGAGACCAAGUAUCCCAACGGAGACGUGGCAGGGAAAUACGGAUACGUGGACGAGUCCGGGAAGCUGAGGGAGGUCUCUUAUGGUGCGAGCAGCAAACGGGGAUUUGAGCCUGAAGGUUAUGGUAUCAUGGUACCCCCACCAACGCUCAACGACCCGUCGAAUGCUUUAGCUGACGGACAGGAAGACGACGGCCAGUACCGCGAGGACCCCAAGAUCUACGAAGACCCGAAGUACAAUGGCAGGGCACAGCCGAGGCCAUCUUCCGGCUUCAGACAAUACCAACAAUCAGCUCAGCCCGAGCCCCAGUACCAGUCAGCGCAACAAUACCAGCCCGUCCAACAGUACAAACAACCAGCACCAGUUUUCCAACAAAGCCAAACCGCUCAGCAACCCCAGCUUUCUCAAUUCCGUUCUCAGCUUUACACACAGUCGAACCUUUUCAACCAAGCCCCACAGCAAUUCCCACAAUCUCGACCACAAAGCCAAGUCUAUCACCAACAGCCUCAGUUCUCCUACCAAGCAUACACCCCUCAACCUUACAACCAGAACCAGAACUACCAGGCCGCAAACUAUCAACAAGCUUAUCAGCCUCAGAGCUACCAAAGUCAAAACUAUAAUCCUUUCUCCGGCCACCCGGCCCAGAAUUUUGAUCCCAACACUGGUUCUUACUCCAUCAACUUCACUGGCUGA